GAGAGAGAGAAGGAGGGAAGGAAAGAGAGGGAGAGAGGCAGACUGUAAAUGUGGAGGAGGUGAAACGGUAGGAGGUGAGACCCGUCCCUCUUGUUAAAUUAAACGUUUUCAUGUAGAAUAAAAGAGCACAGGAGAUCUACGGGGGACACACCGAGCCUCGGCGGAAACCAAAGCCGGGAGGAAGCGACCUCUGCGCAAAUACGCGUUCCAGGAGGAGCCGCCGACAUCCACGGUACCGUGAGAGAGAGAGAGAGGUAGGGAGAGAGAGAGAGAGGGGGGCCUGCCUGCCUGCCUGCCUGCGUGCGUGUGUGCGUGACCGUCCCGCAAGGAUAUACCUACCGACAGGAAGCUAAAGGUUCCCGAAGAACGGUUGCAGCGCGAGAGGUGAAUUUCUGUGCUCGCUAAGCAGUUGUCUACACUUCUACCGUACAGUUGACCCACCAGCUAACUUGGAAGUUACCACACUGCUAUAGCUAGCUAAAGGACACAAGAUGACACCUGACAGUCACAACGGCUUACUAGCUACCAAACAGAAAAGCCGACAUUGAGGAAAAAGUCUGAUUCAUCUUCUGUCUGUCCGUCGAUUGUCCUCCAACACAUGGCCGACACAGAAGAUCCACUUUAACGCACACAUACACACAGUGGAAGGAUUGGGGAGAGAAGUCUAGAUUCAACCUUCAUGAAUUCAUCACACACAUCAGUAGUGGAGGUGAAGAGCAGCCUCCCAUCGGGCAUGCAGAGCCCAGUAGGAACAGCAAACGAGCACAGAGGAGGAGGAGGAGAAGGUGGUGGGGGUCCAGGAGAAGGCCCAGGAGGAGGAGGAGGAGGUCCGGUGGACCUACGGACAGAGCCCAGGGUUGGGUCUCUGGGGGUGUCUGGGGGUGCAGCGGCGGUGGACACAGCCCUGAGAGAGCAGCAGCUCCAGCAGGAACUGGUGCUACUCAAACAGCAGCAGGAACUCCAGAAACAACUGCUGUUUGCAGAGUUCCAGAAAAAACACGAAGUGCUAACAAGACAACAUGAAGUCCAGCUGCAGGAACACCUGAAGCAACAACAGGAGCUGCUGGCAGCAAAGCGGCAGCAGGAGCUGGAACAGAAGAGGAAGCUUGAGCAACAAAGACAUGAAGAGCAGGAGAAACAGAGACUGGAGCAACAACUGCUGCUGCUGAGGAACAAGGAGAAAGGCAAAGAGAGUGCCAUUGCCAGUACUGAGGUGAAGUUGAAGCUCCAGGAGUUCCUUCUCAGUAAGAAAGAGCCUGGUCCUGGUGGACUGAACCAUUCCUUCUCCCCAAAGUGCUGGGGAGCCCAGCACACCUCCCUCGAGCAGAGCUCUCCUCCGCAGAGUAACACCCCAGGAACUCCUCCCUCCUAUAAACUCCCCCCACUGCUGGGGAACUAUGAGAGCAAAGAUGAUUUCCCGCUCCGCAAGACAGUCUCAGAGCCUAACCUGAAGGUGCGUUCGCGGUUGAAGCAGAAGGUGGCAGAGAGGCGGAGCUCUCCACUUCUCCGCAGGAAGGAUGGCACUGUCAUCAGCACCUUUAAGAAGAGAGCCAUAGAGAUAUCAGUCUCCUCUCUCUGUAACAGCGCUCCAGGUUCAGGUCCCAGCAGUCCCAACAGUUCCAAUACAGCUAUUGCCAAUGGCAACACGGGUUCGGUCCCUAACAUACAGACUGAGCUGAGAUCUCUCCAUCAAACGCUGGGGGCUGAUGGGACGUUGAGUCCUCUGAGUCUCUAUACCUCGCCCUCCCUGCCAAAUAUCUCCCUGGGGCUCCCUGCGAACACCCACAUCACGGCCCCCCAAAAGCUGUCUACCCAGCAAGAGGCCGAGCGUCAAGCCAUCCAGUCACUGCGAGGGGGCGGCGCUCUUACGGGGAAGUUUCUCUCCACAUCCUCUCUGCCUGCAGGGGUGGGGCACGAUGUGGAGACUCCGCCGCCCAGCUCUCAUUCUGCCCAUUCCUCAUUAUUGCAACAUGUACUACUACUGGAGCAGGCCAGACAACAGACUGCUAUGCUAGCUGUCCCCAUGUAUAGUCAGUCGCCGCUUGUUACAGCAGAGAGAGGCGUGUCCAGUGGCAUGCGGGCAGUCAACAAGCUGCCUCGCCAUCGGCCAUUGGCUCGUACCCAGAGUGCACCUUUGCCCCAGUCCCCCCAAGCCCUGCAGCAGCUGGUGGUUCAGCAACAACACCAGCACUUCCUGGAGAAACACUACAAGAUGUUAUCAAAGGGGGCUGAACUCCCAAGGCCGCCACCCACCCACCCAGAGGAGACAGAGGAGGAGCUAACAGAGACCAAUGACAUGCAGGAGGAUGAUGGAGGGACAUGCCCUCACAGGCUUCAGAAGGAGGGGUCCGACGACAGCACACCCCCCUCUGAGCGACUGGGUGUGCACUUGAAGGGUGAGGAGGAGCAUGAGGGCAUGCACGUGAAAGGGGAGAGUACCGAGAGUGAGCUGGACGAAGACGAAGAGGAUGAAGAAGUCAUCCAGCUGAGGGAGGGUGAUGAAGAGGAGAGGGGGAGCUACAUGCAGGCAUUGCAGCAGUUGGGCGUGUUCCAGUCCUCAUUGCCCCACAAACCUCUGGGAAGAGCGCAGUCCUCCCCUGCAGCCACUGUCAAUCCCAUCAAACACCUCUUUACUACUGGGCUUGUAUAUGAUAGUCUGAUGCUGAAGCAUCAGUGUGUGUGUGGAAACGCUCACAUCCACCCAGAGCAUGCUGGGAGAGUGCAGAGCAUCUGGUCCAGGCUGCAGGAGACGGGCCUGCUGGGCCGCUGCGAGAGGAUUCGUGGGCGUAAAGCGUCUCUGGAUGAGAUCCAGUCUGUUCAUUCAGAGUUUCACACUCUGCUGUAUGGAACCAGUCCGCUCAAUCGACACAAACUGGACCACAAGAAAUUGCUGGGUCCAAUCAGCCAGAAGAUGUACGCUGUUCUUCCCUGUGGAGGAAUAGGGGUGGACAGUGACACAGUGUGGAAUGAGAUGCACUCGUCAGCAGCGGUCCGCAUGGCGGUUGGCUCCGUCAUCGAGCUGGCCUUCAGAGUUGCGGCAGGGGAGCUGAAGAAUGGCUUCGCAGUGGUGCGUCCACCAGGUCACCAUGCUGAGGAAUCCACUGCCAUGGGCUUUUGUUUCUUCAAUUCAGUAGCUAUCACUGCCAAGCUGCUGCAACAGAAACUUGGAGUAGGCAAGAUCCUCAUUGUGGAUUGGGACAUUCACCAUGGCAACGGCACCCAGCAGGCCUUCUACAGUGAUCCCAGUGUCCUCUACAUCUCCCUCCAUCGGUACGAUAAUGGAAACUUCUUUCCUGGCAGUGGAGCUCCUGAAGAGGUUGGCUCGGGUGCAGGUGUCGGUUUUAAUGUGAACAUAGCAUGGACCGGAGGAGUGGAGCCCCCUAUGGGUGAUGUGGAGUACCUUGCUGCCUUCAGGAGCGUGGUGAUGCCCAUCGCGCAGCAGUUUAGCCCAGAUGUGGUUCUGGUGUCUGCAGGCUUCGAUGCAGUGGAGGGUCAUCAGUCUCCUCUGGGAGGCUACAAUGUCUCCGCCAAGUGUUUCGGUCAGCUAACGCAGCUCCUGAUGGGUCUGGCGGGUGGGCGGGUUGUUAUGGCUCUGGAGGGCGGUCAUGACCUCACCGCCAUCUGUGACGCAUCAGAGGCAUGUGUCUCUGCGCUUCUGGGAGACACGUGUGACUCUGUUUUUCAGUGGCCUCCGGAGAAGCCAUGUCCAAAAGCCUGCGCCUCACUUGAGAGAGUAAUAGAGAUCCAGAGUAAACACUGGUCUUGUCUCCAGAGUUUAUCUCAGACGAGUGGCCACUCGUUAUUGGAUGGCCCCCUUGGUGCUCAGGGCCAAUCAGAGAAGGACGAGGCAGAAACAGUCAGCGCCAUGGCCUCCCUGAGUGUUGAUGUUGAGCAGCCAGGCUCUGUUCCUGACAACUUGGAAACCAGCAGGUCCACAGAGGAGCCAAUGGAAGAAGAGCCUGUUUUGUAGGAUGAGCUUAAACAAGAAGCACACAGAAACUCCAAAUUCACCUCCUUCUAGCACCUCCUAUUCCUCUUCCUUUUCUUCUUCCUCCGUGGAGUUUGUGUAGGUACACACACACACAAGGUGGAAUUUGCCGCUGAGGCGAACUCCGAUUGGCUGAGGAGAACAUUAUAGAGGCAGGAGAAGGCGGGGUUGUGAAAAACUCGGGCAAAUCUCUUUUCAAGAGGUUCAACAGCCCAAGGAGGAGCAGACGACUUGUUAGCAUCUCCAUGGAAACCAGAGGAGGGAAACGUCAGCAAGGAUACACGUCUUGUAAACUGUAUACUUUUCCACCUGUACACAGCAGCACUGAAUUUCUCCCCUCCACCCUUCAAUCAUUCUAAUGUCUUUUAUUUCGUCCAAACUCCUCUGCUUCCACCGAGGGACGAUGACUGUGGGAAACCUAAAUCUGAGUCCCAACAAAAUGCCAGACCCCAAGCGGACGACUUGUCUUCUUGUGUGUCUGUCGGAGCGCCAGAGAGACAGGCUGAGCGAACGUGGGGUAGAGGAGGAAUAACCAUUUUUUUUAAAUGAGCAAAGGAGGAGGAACUAGGUGCCUUUUUUUGUCCACAAAACAAAACCAUUAAAUCAGAAACCACAAAACACCACCGCCGAAGCACCUCAAACCAACCAGCCAAUCAGGACUGAAGAAACACACUGAUGCACACACAAACACACAUACUGCUGUUGUUUCAGCAGGUCAGUUCAUUUUUGAGUCUUUGUUUCUUCAUCUGGAUGCCUUAAUUUGUUCUUCUCACACUAUUUAGCAACCAUGAGAGAGACGGGGAGAGAGAAUCCUGAGAGUUGUUAUAAAUGUUAAUCAGAAAUGUAAGACUGCUAAGAAUUGUAUUUUCUUUCAAAACUGACAAUAUUUGUGUCGGGUAUACCCAACAGACUUUGAUUUUUAUUUUAUUUUUA